UCUAGCCGCCCAUAUACUGUACAUUUCUCAUUUUGACCACGACCUCGAGGUGCUUGUACUGGCUUCAACUCGGAACACGCAGAGGCACACUAUCUCUGCAUGCUUUAGACUAUCCGUUUAGAUACUAAUGACUUUACGAUGUCUGCAAAAUACCAUGCAAUUCCCCCGAUAGCUCCCAGCGUGGAUAUCUAUCCUGUCCCUAUAACGGCCCUCGCCUUCGAUCCGGUAUCUGACACUUUAUGGUCAGGGUCCAACACGGGUCGUAUAGUCGCGCAUCAUAGUAUCGAAGGAGUACGUGGUGUCGCUUUCCCAGUGGGUGGUGACCUCGCUGUCAAGGAUAUCAUCGCGACAGACUCAAACGUUCGAGCCUUUGGAGUGUCUGGUAAUGGUAUCGGGGCAUGGACUAGAGGAGGGGUGAAUAAGUGGUAUUAUAGGUCCAACAGCUCGAUCACCGCAUUCUCCAAUAACAGCGGUUCUCUAUUCUAUGCCGCCACCUCCGGGCAGGAAUUGCUUUCUAUCAAUGCACAUACUGGCGACGUUCUACGCAGUACUCCAGUGACAUCCAUAUACAAUCAAUUGGUUGAUACACACUUCGGGCUCGCGUGCGGAUCGUCUGAUGGAUACGUCCGCAUUCACGACUCUCGAAGGUCGCUUGACGUUGUCCACACUAUUCAAGCUCACCUGAACGGCGUCCAAGGUCUGGAGGCCGGAAGUAACUUCCUGUGUACGAUCGGGAUGGGCACGAGACAGGGACGCCCUUUUCCUGAUCCACUGGUAAAGGUGUAUGAUAUUCGUACCAUGCGGGCCCUACCACCCGUGCCAUUCUCUAAUGGACCUGCUUUUAUCAAUCGCAUACCCACAAGAUCAUCCACCAUCGUCGUUACCUCGAACGAGGGUUUGAUCAACGUUGUGGAUGUAACAAACCCGACGGAUAGCGAGUUUCAUCAACUGGCUUCCGCAUCCUACGUGACCACUGCUGCUGUUUCUCCAACCGGUUCAUACAUGGCUUUCGGUGAUGCCGACGGAAUUAUUCAUCUGUUGACAGCCGCCGAGGAGGGUUCUGAUCUGCCUUUGAACGGUUUUGACGGUCAGCCUGUUGAAUGGGCAGAUCCACCGGAGGAACUCCCGACGAUUGAGUGGAUAGAUACCACCCCCCUCAACGCCAUUGGGAUGCCUUACUAUACGACAACACUGCUCUCCUCCUGGACACCCAAGUUCCUCUCCAGAGACAUAUUUUGUCCGCCGCCCCCAAAGAUUCCUCAACAAAUUCUGACCACGAUGAAAAUUAACGACAACGUGGCGUAUGCGAGCCUUCCUAAGGAACUACGAGGAAGGCGAAAUGUGGUUCCGUCUGAGCCUAAGCAAAGGAGAAGUCGCUUCAGGCAUCAAUUGAUAAGACGUGGUUCCGAACCCGAAACGCCAACCUACGAGUACGAUCCUGAAGAUAUUCCACGUAUGUACCGCAAGGUCGAGAUAGAGUACUCCAAGUUCGGCGUUGAGGAUUUUGACUUCGGGUGGUACAACCACACAGAGUUAAGUGGUUUGGAGACCCAUAUCCUUAACUCAUACACCAACCCUCUCCUGCAACUCUUGCACUACACGUAUCCUAUUCGGAACUUGGCUAAAUCCCACAUCACGACUGAUUGUCGUCGGGAAAACUGCUUGUUCUGUGAAUUGGGCUUUGUCGUGCGUAUGCUCGAAGAUGCGAGGGGUACAAACUGUCAGUCAAGUAAUUUCUGCAAGACUCUCGGGUUCUUAGCCCAAGCUUCGAACUUGAUAGAGCUCAUCGACUACGGCCGCGAGUCUGCUGAUCUGAACCAUGCGCAUAUGAUACAGUCCUGUCAUCGUUUCUUGGUCGACCAUCUGAGUUUGGAAGGUAAUGCGUACCCUCAUAAUCCCCCGCUACUUCAGCAAUAUGGGGACUCGCAACAGCCAGCGCCUUCGCCGAUCGCUCAACUAGUCGGAAUCACUGCGAGGAAUACUGUGACAUGUACUAGUUGCCACACAACACGAGAAAAGGACCAAAUGAUGCAUGUCAUUGACCUAGUCUAUCCCCGAAAGGCUGCAACCAAUAAUCCAGAGGAUGGGACUGACUUCCCCUCUAUCGUUCGGAACUCUCUUCUGCGACAUACUUCCCAUAAGGCUUCCUGUCCGGCGUGCAAUAGGCAACAUGUCUCUUUCGAGUCUCAACGCUCCAUCCCAAACUAUGCUUUGCCACCCAUUCUGGCUCUCAAUGCCUCUGUAUAUAGUGAAGAGAAUCACAAUUUCUGGAGAGACGCACGUCGACAGACGUUCCUCAAACCUACCCUAGAAUUACGAGGACAGGUACAUGGGCAAGACGAAGCUUCAACUGUGUUGUACGAAUUGCGGGGCUUCGUCGUGCAGGUCGAUGCGAAGCAUAAACAGGGCCCUACGCAUCUAGUUGCGUUAAUUAAGGUUCCUGAGGCGGAAGCUACUCGACAAGGCCAGGAUGACAGCCCAUGGUAUAUCUUCAACGACUUCAGUGUCCAGAACAUCGCAGAAGACGAGGCACUGAGUUUCCCUGCCAGUUGGAAGGUACCCACGGUUUUGUACUUCGAGCGAGUAGACAGGCGGUCACAACUAGACUUCAGCAGUCUGCAGAAGGAGAUAGAUGCCUCCAUCCUCAGCCAGGACACAAACAUUUCGAUGAACCGAGAUCCCAACUUCAUUAAACACGAGUGCUUGAGCGAAGACGAACUACCUAAGCCUGGAACGUUAAUAGCUAUUGAUGCUGAGUUUGUCCUCAUGCAGCAGGAGGAGACAGAAUAUCGUUCUGACGGCACGAAGACAGUGAUUCGACCAGCUCGUCUUAGCUUGGCUCGGGUCUCAGUCCUCCGUGGAAAUGGUCCCAAGGAGGGUCUCCCUUUCAUUGAUGACCAUAUUCACACUAGUGAGAUGAUUGUGGAUUAUUUGACUGAGUUCUCCGGAAUCCAAUUCGGAGAUCUCGAUCCUCAAACAUCUCGGUAUACGUUGACUCCAUUGAAGGUCGUGUACAAGAAGCUGAGAUUGCUAGUGGAUCGUGGAUGUAUCUUUAUCGGUCAUGGUCUAUCAAAAGACUUCCGGAUAAUCAACAUCUUCGUACCUCCCGAGCAAGUCAUCGACACCGUGGAUCUUUACUACCUCCAUAAUCGCCAGCGGAGGUUGUCCUUGCGAUUCCUAGCAUGGUUCAUUCUUAAGGAAAACAUACAGACCGAUACCCAUGACUCGAUAGAGGAUGCUCUUACAGCUCUGAGAUUGUACAAGGCUCAUCUACAGUUCGAGUCUGAGGGUAUAUUCGAUAAAAAACUUGAAGAAUUGUACAAGGAAGGACGACAAUACAACUUCAAACCGCCUCAAAUGCAAGGAUCCCCACCCAUUCGGCCGACAAGCGGGCCAGGAAUUGCAACGUUCGGGAUGGCUCAGACAUUACCUUAUGCGCCAUCCCCUGACUUCACUGCUAUGCAAAUGUAUCCCCGAUUCUUCGCACCUGUACCACAACCUGGGCCAUUUCAACCGACCUGGCGAAAUAGAUAGUGUACGAAGCUAAUACAAUCUGUAUAGUAAUGUAUGUUCAUCGUCAUUGUAUUAUCAUCACAGCUAAUCUGGAGAAGGACAUGAGUACACUGGGCAGGAGCAGACCCGGGCCAUGUUGAAACGUAAGAAUAUGACAAAAGGAAUCUGAGCAUGACGAACACGUUGGAGAGGCAUAUGAUUUCCAGCGUCAAAGGGCCACAGCGUGGACUUGGAACAAUACGGAUUCUUUGGCCUCAAAGAGUGUUCUGCCGAUCUCUUUGACCUCAAUUGUCCAGUGGCCAUAAAAAGAUCCGGAGCUUUGUGGUAGCACAGGUUUGUCUCCUAUUCUCCACUCCCAUUGCUAUAGCGAAAAUCCUGGACUCCUGCAUAGUAAUCCCUGUGUCCCUCCGCCUUUCUCCACUCCAGCAUGAAUUCCGUCACUCCCCCUCUCCCCACCCGGAAGCUAACAAAGUUGGCCCCCAUAG